UAUCGCCAGAAAAAAAUGAUAUCCUCGAAUUUUCUUUCACGCCAGUCUGGCUGGCUUUUCGUACGUUUUUAUCAGCGAUUUACCGUGGCUGUAUAAGGAGAACGAAGGAGGGUGAGCCGAGUAACUCAGGCGAAGAAAAAAAGAAAAGAAAGAAAAAAUUGCGACUCGAUCUAUAUAAGCGGGUCUCGCUAACGAUCGUGACCCUAUCAUUACUUGUAUCGCGUUGUAACGUGAACUUAGCCUCGGGCAGUUCGUUAUGGAUGCGCCAUGUCGCUUGUCCGCCAUCGAAUCCCUGGAACGGUUGAAUUGUAACAGCGGAUAAUCGUUGAAUUUACGAACGCCACGGUCGUUUGCAUUCGGCCCUGUCUGCUAAUGAAAUUUAUGGUGGUCGGUUUUGUACAGUUUCGCCGUUGUGAUUGGCGCAGACGCGACUUAUUCUACGUUCUGUGGACUCUGUACUUCCGAUAUGCGGGUAUUUGCAUGCACGAAACUUUCGCAGAGUUUUGAAAUGUCCCGUCUUGAAUCGCUUCCAAAAGUUUCCGCCCCGCGAGUUUUCAGCAAAACUUCCGACGAUUUAGUCUCGAAUUUUCAAAUCUUCAACGUUUCGAUUCAAAUUUUCGUGCGGUUAAAUUUCAAUUUCUGACGGUGUCACGUACAAAUUUCCAAAUUUAAAGGCGCUUUUCAUCGGUGUAUAUGAAAGUCGGUUGCCGCGUCAUAUUCUUGACGCUAAAUCUAAACGAAUCGAAUUCCCACUUUAAACUUCAGAUCUUCGAAUCUCCGACCAACUAUAGUUCGAUUCUUCCAACGGUGUGACAUUCAAAUUUUGAAAGAAGUCUAAACGUUCGUUAAACGUUUAUUAAGUUUAUCCGAUUGUGUUUCCAUCGGCGUACACAAAGCCAAUUGGCGGCAAAAUGUUCUUCAGACUAAAUCCGUGUCCAACGGUGCACACAGGACUAGCUUAAAUCGGCCAGCCCGCCCAAAAUUGGAUCACUUCACCGACAAGGGUCGAGUGGAUAAGCUCUCGCAGUAUUCACUCCUUUAGUGCUCUUUUAACGCUUUGCUUCUUGUUCCUUCUUCUCUUCUGUCUUCUUCCAUCCCUUUCUUUUUUUCCCGCUCUCCGGCGGCACUGCACGCGUGAGAGCACCGCAAACGGCAGGGGGUUGGGCGACUGUGAAAGGGUGCAUCGUGGACUAACGAGGUACAAAGUGCAGCUAGUCACGUAAUAAAUGUCACAGAAGAAAGAAGAGCAACUUCUCACUCGUGGCUUUGGCGACGUUGCAAAAAAUCGAGAUAAUCACCCGAAAGAGGAUCAGGAUCAGGAAUUGCCACCGGACGAGGCGAAGGACAUUCGAAAAACCAAGUCGGAUCUGGACGUGGUGAGGUCUAUGGAGCGGAUAUACGCCGUACCAUCGGAAAAGCUGCGUGUCUGGUCUAUUUGGCUCACGAACAUCGGGGAAAUUGCCGACGAAUGGCAGAAGUGGUUACGUGCUCACAUCGAUUUUGUUAUAAGGCUCGCGGAAGAAUUGCAGAAGGCCGAUGAAGCCUUGAAACAGGAGGAGGAUGGAUACCAGCCAAGAAUCGAGCCGAGCGAAGUCGCGGCGGAUCAGGAAGAAGAAGAAGUUCCUCGUAAAGUCGAGGAUUUCGAUCAAGGAACCAUAGAGGAAACGGGCGAAAUUUCCCUGGCUAGAACAGUUACAGAUGUGACGUUAACAGCAGAAUCGCGAGAGACUAUAGAAGCAAAAUCGAGAGAAACAUUCAAAGAAGAAUCGGAAGAAACAUCACCAACGAAAUCGGGAGAAAUGUUAACAGCGAAAAGAUCAAACGAAGAAGAAUUCGCGAAGAUUUGGCCCAUAGGCACACCAUGGGAGCAUUCAGGAAUAGAGGAAGAGGAUGACAGCGAGCCGUUCGAACGACUGCCCUUACCGAGGACCGAGGAAGAGAUGAGAGAAUUUCUAAAGAAUUUUACGCACGAGGCGACCAUCUACCGAUCCUAUUAUAAGCAUUGGAAGGACACUGCCGAUCUGGCAAUCAAGGAAGUUGGAGGUAGAUUGGUGAUAACAACGUUCCUGGUGCAAGGCUUGGACAAGUUUGGCAAAGUGAAGGGUCCGCCUCGUCCAAAACUAUUAGUGAGCCCGAAAUCUGUACGGAUUUCACGUAAGGGUAGAAAGCCUAGGAGAAGUGGGAAACGUGGCACGAAAUCCAGCGGGAUUUCUUUGAAUGAAAAGUCCGAGGGUGACCCGAUUUAUACCGCGCCACAUGAAUCAGCACCACAAACAGUCACGGUCGACGAGGAACAGGAAGAGCAAGAGAAACAGGAAGAGCAAGAGAAACAGGAAGAGCAAGAGAAACAGGAAGAACGAGAGGAACAGGAGGAGCAGGAAGCUACGUCGACCAGGGAACCAUUGAAGGAAUCGUCAAAAGUAUCAGUGUCUGCAGAAACGAUGGAGAAAACGGCUUCGAAGACUGGCAGGACUACAGUGAACGAGUCGAAGAUUGCUUCUGUAAGGAGCCAAUUCGCAAUGGUGGAGGCUGACGAUUUCGUGAGGGACAAUGCACGUUCUUCCGAGCCUGUGCCUUACAUCUUUUAUUUGACGGCGGAGCCAGAUAUCGACGUAGCCAUAGAACACGAUGACGAAAAGGUCAUUCCAGCGGAUACCGAUCGCGAGCACAUCGUUGGCGCUUACAAACGCCUUUUCUUCAAUCUCACAGACAAACCCUGCAAAGGAGGGAAACCAUGGAUAUAAAAAAAUUAUAGGAAAAUCGAUUAAAUGUCAUAAAAUUACAAGCAAUAAUGAAAGAAAUUUUCGCAGCAACGCAGGUGCAGGCAUCGUUCGUAGCGCCAUUAAAUGUAAAUCGAAUCGAGCGAAAUGGUAAGCGAGUGUAAUCUAGUGGGUAAUUGACAAAUAUUUUCUAUCGGAUACAGACAAAAUUGUGGGAUUGCAGCUAUCGAAAAAGUAACGAACCAGUUGCACAAUAAAAAAUAAUGCAGCUGCAUGGAGCGUUAGCAAAUGUUUGCACAAUCUCUCGACAAUAAUUCAUUUCGUUGCUUGCUGCUCGUGAUACUGAUAUUUAAUAGUACAAAUACCACGAGCGAAAGAAAAAUCCCGAACGAGAACAGAAAUUCAUCUUUGGAAUAAUUUCGAUGAAAUCGAACUCGGUUAUGAAUUUUCAAGUAAGAUCAUGGAAUUAAGGUUUCUUUGGUCGACUUUCUUUCGUAAUUGAUUUUUCGAGCACACGGAGCCUCGUUGCGACUAUCAGAUGGUCGGAUAACAACUACGCGUCGGAGAAAAAUAGCGAAAAAUCGAGUCGUCGCUGGCAAGACAGGUAAUCUUCGAUCGGAAUUUUUCGGUUACGAACUCUGCGCGGUGACUGGUAAUAAAAUUCAUCGAUCAGUUGGAAACAUAAAGUUUGAAACGAGUUUAUGCCAUUUUUCGCGGCAGCUGCCUCUCCUCGUCCCGACAGAUUUCGUCCGCAGGUUGACUGGUGUCUCAUGACGAGCAAACUCUACCACGGCUGCAUUUAGAUUCCGUGUAAUAUCUGGAUUCGACAUCAAAGACGAUGCUUCCUGUCAGAGUCAUCCAACGUAACCGAUGUCGGAUCCACCAACGGCUUAUUAUACAACGUCAAAGCUUAUGUCCGUGUUUGGCCUGUUCUGGCAUAACAGACGUAAUUUUAGCCACAGUUUUCCAUAGAAAUAUAUCUCCCGUAGAAGGUUCAACUGGAAAAUGGAGGAAGAAUUUCGUUCGGUGUUUGUCAGCACUUUGUUCGAUAAUCUCCUUUUCACAAAAAAUUCUUUCGUUCGUUCCUAGCCUAUACCAUAAGAUGAUUCUUUCGCCGGUUAGCUCAGAGGCAAUGUCUCCAUAGCGAUAAAAUCAAGUCGAUAUAUAACACGGAGCAAUGUUUGACGUCAUCUAUCAAGUGGCAAGGUUUUGUUUCUAUCAAGAAACACAAAUAUACUUGAUAUUAUACUGUUGUUACUUUUUAAAAAGUGUUUCAUUCAAAAGUUUCCGGUGAUCGCUAAAAGAAUAUCGAUCACUUUGAAACAAUUAAUAUUUCGUGAGUUUUCUUACUUUACUACGUCUUCCAGAGAUCUUGUCGAUUAAUUUUUUAAUAAGUUCAUUUCGCUAAAUGUUCUUCGGACAGUUAUUCUUGUUUCUCAUUCUACAUUUCACACGACCUGAUACUAACCUUUCAUUUUUCAAAUUUCGCCCGUCUGCUACGGCUCGAGGUACCUCGAAGAUGUUAACUUCGAUACGAUCGAUCUUAAGACCUUGUCAUGUCGUAGGAUGACGCACAAAGGGAAUCCGAAUCCUAUGGAAAAGUUGAGAAAGUCGAACGAAGAUCUGUUCGAGUCGUCUUCUCGAGUUACAGCGCAACACCUGUAACGUAUAGUUGGGAAUUUCCCAAGCACAUAAAUCAACAAUGCGGCGAAAAGUAACUGGUCUAUGGACGAACUGCUAGACCGAUGUUUGCCAUGGAACUUUCGAAAUUCUAGAAUGGUUUGUGUCCGAGGCGUCACCUACCGAUGUCGUAGCAAGGGUUCUACAUCGAUCGUUCUUCGCCGCGAUGUUAUAGUUGUCGUUCACUGCGAGCGUUUCAGAGAGACUAAUUAAGAACUACACAGGUGUAAUUAUCGGGAACACAAGGAAACAGGUAGCGUGUACACUGCGAGGAUCGUACGAGGCGCAUUAUCCAGCGGUGUAAUUAAUUUUGAACGAUACCAAGUUUCAACGUGUCCAUGGUUACCAUGUUCUUGUGUGAGUUUAGGGUAUUUUCUACCAUAGGUAGAAGGUACAUACCAGUCACGAAGAAUGAGAGUAACGCGAUACACGAGAGUCGUGUAGAAAAGUUAUCGAUUUAAUAUUAAACGAAUAAUAAAAAAAUAUCGUGAAAAUUACGAGUUAAAGCAGAUACAGGAAUUAGACAAUUUUUUACGAUUAUUACACAACUUGAAUAAAAGUACAAUUGAUUUAAACUACAUAGACGAUCGUUAAAACUCGGAGAUUUACUUACAACUCUCUCGGAUUCCAAUCACAUCGUAUUCUUAAGUAACUCGAACACAAUGAGAAGCUCGCCUCGAGGUAUACGUCCAGACGAGCUCUUAUGUGAGAUGAAUUUGGUAUCAUGAUACUUACCCACGUUCAACAGCUUUGAGACAGUGAAAUAUCAUUUCGACAUCUACGCUAUCUGCCAUAGAUAUUAGGACACCUGAGCUCUGUUACACACAAUUGAACUAAUAUUCAGAGGAUAUUCGAUUUCCGUUCAAUUUCCAGCUGGAACAUUCUGGGCAAUCUGCACGAGUUUCCCUCGUACGAUGUCCUUUUAAAAAUUCCGACGUUCCACAGCUUACUAUGCCCAGGGUAGAUGUAUCUUCAUAAUGAUUUCCUCUUCUCGACUGCUCGAAUUAAGUCGCCAGGAAAUGGUAAAAAACGAUCAUCCUCCAACUAAAAAGGUUAUUCAAGUUUGAGUUACGAGAAAUUUAGAAAAAAUUCUCCUUUCUUAAAAUCUCCGAUAUCUUUUCCAAGCGAUGUUUCUUCCCCCUGUCCUCUCCUCUCUCCACUAACUUCACUCGUCGUAUUUACAUCUCAUUAAUUUUAACGACCACUGACUUUUUCUAGCUAUAGCGCGACACGGGUAUCUCGAUGAGAGGACUGUGUCUCUCGGAAAGCCCGCAGGAAGAUUACUUUUCGGCGCAUAAUUUUCAAAACAAAUUUUCUAAGAAGGUAAAUGAACGAAGCGAAGAAGGAAGAGCGAUCUAAAAAACUGGUCGCAGGGGGGUAGAACGAGCUAAUAAAGUUCAAAGGGUCUGUUUACCAGGCCGCGAUAUUACGAAGUAGGACAGGCCUUGGAGGACUUUCUUGGUUCCUCUCUGUAUGACGGUUCUAUUUGACGACCCCAUUAAUUUCAUCUGCGUUGAAACGACAGCAACGUCGGCUCACAAAAUCCGAAAAAGCGAUCUCAUUCGCCUCGAAGCGGCAAGAUCUUUGUCAUUCUAUCCUGCCUGCCACUGUACGAGUGAUUUAUUAGCUGUGAAAGACACGAUGCAGAUGGCACGUGAAAUAAUUUUUAAUACACGCGUAUCGCUCGAUCGCGAGUCAUCGCGCUGCCUUUUCGUUGACAACAGAAAUAGAGUCUACAUUCUAUAUUGACCGUAUCAGUAUCAGACGUGAUUUACAGCUGACGUUAUAGCUCACAGCGUUUCACCUAGGGCUAUCGGUACUUUCUCAACUCUCUAGUUGAGUGUGAUUUAUAAUAGCUGGAUCGAAUCGCUGGUCCCAAGAAUCGUGUCCAUCCACCCUCGAUAACCAUUGUUUCAUCGAGUUACCAGAGAGAAAUUAAACGUACAACAUUUUGGAAAGUUUCAGCGGAAGAUUUAAUGGGACGUAAGUUUAAUUGAGAUCAUUGUUUCCGCGAGUCUCAGUGGGGAUUUCUUUCCGGUUUCGAACGGUUGCUGGUUUGGUUGGCUUGUUUUGCGAAACACACGCGUAUGCGUACCGACGAGAAAUGCUCCAGGGUAUACACAUCUGGGGAAAAGUUGGAGGAUGAAAACAAGUUGAGAAAAUUGAACUGCCAAACGCGCCCACGAGUAUCGUGAAACAAGGGCCUCGAAAUGGUAUCGUGUAAUUCUUUGUCAUUUUAUCGGUGACUUAAUGUUAACUUGUUUUCUUAUAUUUUCAGAAUUUACUAACAUUUAUUUAUUUAUUUAAUACUUAACAAUAUGCUAUCUUUCUUUCUUUUCUAUAGAAUAUAUCUGAAUAUAUCACAUCGAAAUUAAGAAUGCUAACAAUAAUGCGAUUAAUCGGAGGUAAAUUAUUCAUUUAAAAAUCACACAAAAAAGCAGAACGUUCGUCGAAUCUACGAACCAACGAAGAAGAUUAUUAUUUUAUUACUCUGUUAUUUUUACAAAUUCAUCGUAUCCGAAUAUGACGGUGGUGGAGAAAUGAUUUUUCAGCACGGCCGUUUCGUUUCGGCCUAGCCCUAUUUUCACGGUCUAAAAAGCGGAGCACUAUUAAUAUGAUUCGAAUUCUGUCGAGCCCGCGGUGAUUUAUUGUUCCAAUCGCAGCACGAAAUACGGGGGAAAAGCAGUUUUGAAUCUAGGCUUAUCGAUCACUGGCCGCGAGCUGUAUGGAGCCGGCUCUCGGGAACAGUAGAAACAGACGGCCAUAUGUUAGCCGCAUUAGUACGACGAGUGACUUUCAAUCAGCUCGCGCUACCAACCUCUUCACAGAGAACACACUCUAAACGUCAAUAUUCGAGUUCCUGUUCUUUUCUCUCGCUUUCGAUUUGCUUGCUACGAUGAUCGGUCGAACGGUCUCAUAGUGACUUUUUUUUUUCGUACGAAAUUCGAUUUCUUGUUACAUCCAACGAGAGAUGAAUUUAUGAAAGCGCUCGAAUAUAAGUCAGACGGGACCAGCGAAUGUAGAACUCUUUUUUCGUUCAGUUCGAAAGGGAAACAUUCUUAUAGAAAAUUAUAAUAUCACUUAGACGAGUUUUUACACCAAGCUACUAAUUAAUUUAUUGAUUAAAUUAUCGGUGUGCUAGUUCUCUGAACGCUAUAGACGCUCCAGGGUCUCUGCGUAGUCCUGAAAGUUUUAAACGGCGAAUGUGCAAGUGUAAGUUUGAAAGUUAUGUUUCUUAAGGAUAUGAUACGCGUGAUAACAAAUUUCGAUAUUUGGUUCGCAAAGAUGGAACGUUAUUUUUGUGUUCGGUGGUGGAUACAAUUUUUGCCUACUUAGAUUUUUUAAUAGAUCGCGUAUUAAGUAAGGGACAUUACCAAAUUAUUUGAUGUAAAUUCUGCUCUUCGAAGAUUCCAGAUAUUCGUCUAAUUUUCAAUCGAAACCUCCAACGUUGUUUUUUUUCUUUUCUGGCAAAAGUCGAAUCGUUUUGAUCUAAUGCAGUGCAUGGCAACUGAUUGCUGUCUGAAAUGAAAAUGUUGCUCGCGUAUCGCAAUGGUGUACCGCAUGCUCCAGUUUAAUAAGGGUAUAACGAACCUCGGAGAAUCGAUAUUGCGAUGAGCGUAAACAAGUUGUGGACAGAAAUUGGAAAAUUCAGAACCGGCAGCGUAAUAUCUCGAGCGGUUUCGUUUUAGAGAAGGAGUCUCUGUCAGAAGACGAGUGAAAUUGAAAAUCUUUUCAAACGUUUUUAAUCACAGGAUUUUAUACGUGAUAGCGUCGCGUCCAAGAAACGUAGAAUUUCUUAAAAAUCGAUAUCGCUGCACCAGAUUCUUCGAACGAUUGAUAAGCAAUAUCCAUAGAUAAUACAAAUUCGUAGAUUUCGUUGAAAUCUCACCGAAUGGUUAAAUCUGCGAAACAAACGUUAGAGAGGAUUUGAUGGUAAAAUACGAUUAAAUAUUUCUCUGUCGGCGAAGCUCGAAAAGCUGCGCUUUGAAAUUGCCGAGCUCAGCAGCUUGUUAAAAAACGUGAAACCUGCGCGAUAUCAUUGGGCAGAAGAUUCACACGCUUAAUACGAUAUGCUCGUUAGUCGAUUAUCGCGGUUGAAAUACGUAAGUGCUAUUUAUUAACAUUUCGUAGCACGUGCUGACUAUGUAGAUAUACGACGAUUCCUUUGGCCCCUGCGGGCUUACACACCAUGCGGAAAAAAACACGAUAAUUUCGUUAUCUCCAGCAAAACGAGCUGAUUGCGAUCCCUUUCAAGACGGUGAACUUUAUUUAUCAUCCGUGAGAGCGGUCGGAACACAAGAGGAAACGGAGGGUAAACGCGUACAGGAUGCUGUGAGAACUUAUCAAACGAUUCGUAGUGCUUUUCAAUUUUAUCGUUCGAUCGUUAGCAAUGUUCUUUGAGCUAGAAACGUUGCUUACAGAGCAGCUUCCUUUUCAAACAUUGUAGCAUUAUAUCUUUAUACAGAGGGAUCUUUGUUUCCACGAUGCUCAAUUCCUAAACUAUGAGUGAAAGUAAAGAGUAUACUGAAACAAAUUUCAAAACUGAAAUAUCUAUGAACCGAAGCGAAUCCUACCAUCUUUUAAGUAUUAAUACGAUCGUGUAAUUCAUUGUUUUUAAUCGACAAUUUAAAUUUAUAGUCUAUUAAUUCUACUACUACUAGCGCAUUAUAAAUAGUAGUAUUAGAGUUUAUUAUAAGAAGAUAGGAAACGCUGUUUCUAGUUCUAAUUAGCCAGUAAUUUGUAUAUUUUGACAGAAUUCAAAUACCCAGUGUUACUAUAAGCCGACGAAAAUGUUCGAACGUUUAUGAACGUUCUCAUCUCUACCGUGAUAUUUUCCUAAGAAAGUUUUCGAGGGUGCUCCGGUUAACUCUGCCAGUUCCGUGGAAUAUUGCGAUUCUAACGAUAUUUUGCCUCGGUUACUUCGAUUCCUCCCUUUAUCCGGUAUCGUCCGAUGAUAUUAAAAAUGUUGCAACCGAUCGUUGUUAUCGGCGUUUUAUUCUGAAAGCAGAUUUGCCAAACUGCUCUCGGAUGAUUCUCGAAUUUACACGGAUAGAUAUCAGAUUUUCACUCAGGUUUCCUAAGAUCCUUCAAAAAUCGAUGUCUUGUUAGAUAUUCACCUAUACAAAAAAAGGGGAGAAAAAAAAGAAAGGAAGAAGAAUGGUUAUGAGCGGUUUGUGAGCGACGUGAAAAUCCAUGGGUCGCGAGAAUGUGCACUUUUCGAAAGUAAAAAGUUCUCGUGCGCGACGCGGCCACCCAUCGCGUUCAUACGACGAAAAUGGGAAAAAGUUUCGUUCGGUGAGCAAACGGGAGCGGAUAUCGACCAUUAUGCUACUCGAAUUGAAAUGUGCCUCAACUUCCCGCGCUCACCCGCGCUCUGUACAUUGCCCCUUAUCUUUUUAUUGAAAUAUUUUAUACAUUCAUAUCGGUGGAGAAUCGUGUUAAUAAAGUAGAACGCUUUGUUAACUCCAAGAAGUUAAGAAAGGGACCAGAGGAAGAAAAGAUAGAGGGGAAAACAAUGGAAGAGAAGGAGGAUAUCGGAAAAGGAUACGAUAAGUCACACUUUCCAUUUUUUAUAAGAGAUCGAUCUUAGAAACGCGAGGUUGAAACGUAAAUUAUAACGUAAUAGAGGGUCGAAAGAUUUCAAAAUAGGCAUCAUUCGAUGUUUAGCGUCGAUGAUCUGCGCUUUAUAACGGGAGCCAUUAAUAGGAAUUGCACGAAUUUCUGUGGCUGGCCACAUUUAAUUUUCUCGAUAAAAUUGAAUGACUUCUGGGAACGGACGUGGAACAAAGUUUAAUCAGACUUCCUUUCAUAAAUUUUAAUUCAGUGCCGAAAAAUCUAAUUUCAGUUAUUGUUUGGUCCUGGGUAAUCAGGAUGGUCACGUUACCUGGAUUGUGUAUAAGCUGUUUGACAGGAUUGACAAUUUUCAAAUUUGUCCCUUUUGUUUUCCACGCGGAAGCCUGACAAUGUACCGGGUUAUAGAUAGUUAUCGUUGGUUUUGCAUUGGCGAAGAAUCGAUUAUGGCCACUUUAGUAAUCACCGGGAUAUCGAAUUUUUUCUAUGGGAACAAGGGAAUUUCGUUUAAAAAAAGAUUAGCUUUAGUCUCCGCGCGAAAGGCUAUCGCUCGACGAAUCGGCCAUUUGCAUCCUCGCCGCUGCGACAUCUCCGGAAUUUGCAUAAAUUCUUCCAAUUUUUCAAUGGCCUUUCCGUGUCGCGCUAAAAAGGAGAAAGGGAAAACUUUGAACGGUUAUUCGAGUUAGAAGGAUAUUUUAAGCCAAGCUAAGUAAUUUGUCCUGUGAUUCACCGAAUUCGGCUACGAACAAUUUUUAUACGACGUGUAUAUCUGAAAAUAAGCUAACUGAUCGCUUAUCAGUGAUGUAAUAAACAGUAAAAUAUAUCGUGUACUGACCUCUUAUUGACAGCUCGCAUUAAUCAUAGCUUUUUACGAGGCUAUAAUUUCUAUUCACCAAAAGAAAAGACGUCGAAUGUUAAUUUUCUCAAUAAUUGUGACUAUCCAGUAGCACGAGUAUUGCAUAUAUAUUACUUUAUUUCUGCGAGUUAUUUUCUCGCUCAUUUUCUCUGACUCAAGUUAUUCUAUCAUAGAAUUAUUCGAGUUAUUCCCUCAUUUUUUAUAUCUUCUCUUGCUGCAUAUAAAGUACACGAUAUUUUCUCAUUCUUCCAUUAUUAUAUCACAGGCUAAUAGUGUCUCAGAAUAUGCAACAAGUACGGUUAUUCUUUGCAAGCGUUGAAGAUUGAGUUUUAAGAUGCUGAGACUCAAGUGACUCAAACAACCAUACCUUAUCAUAAUUCCUUUCUGCGGAUCUGCAAUUGUACAAUUUUCACUCCCAUUCUUAAGGCCAUUUAUUUCUUUCUUCUUUUCUUUUUUAUUUAUUUUUCCAUCUCUUAUCCUCAUUUUAUCGAAAUGAUUUCGACGAAUGUCUCGCGCGCCACGAAGACCGCCCUGGCAAAAAUUGAACCGCAUCCUUUGGAAAUUAAUACUGGAAUACUUUCCCGAGUGUCUGCCGGGAAAUUCCAACGAUGGGACGUGAUCUCUCCUUGUCCCGUUCCUGCAUUCGCGCUGAGUAAUCGUUCCGUAAUGUCGCGGAGAGAACGAUGCUACUUUAUCAGCCCUCGCCGCUUGUUAACGCAUCCACAGUUUAAGAGAGACAACUGCAAGCACGUCGACAGAGAGGCGUUAACGAACGCGUAUAAUUCAUGGAAUAAUAACGCUGCAAGGAUUAAAGCGAAUUACGAAACAGAUUUCCCCUCUGUUAACAUUUCUUUUCUCUUUGUCCGUGAUUUAUGACGAAUGCUGGCUUCGCCGAUGAUGUGGAUCUUCAUAAAUACUGAUUUAGUAGGUCACCCAGUUUAUAAACAGUCACGCGUUUCUUCUUUAAUUCCUUGAUUUUGUUUCUUAAUCUGCGAUUUACUUGACUUGAAAUGUUCUUUCAAAUUUCUACUCUCAUCGAUCAGGUCACUUGGCUUCCAGUUACUUGGAACACUUCAUUAAUGCGAACUUGUUACUUUAACUGACUGGAGCUUUCAAGCUCCAAAUAAAGUUGAGAUGCAUUAAACAUCUGCUCCUGCCUUAGUUAAAAGUCAUGACAUUUCUUAGAUAAUUUCCUAGUUACAAUCUUCGCUUCUAACAUACCUGUAAAGAAUUAUGUCGUCAAUUAUAAACGUUUGGUAUUUGCUUUGUACUUUAAUACAUUACUUUCGUAUUUAAGAUUUCUCGUACAUCGCGCGUGAAAUUUUGGAAAUCUUUUACGCGGUCACGUUUUGUUACUUAAUUUUCUCCAAUUCUUUCUUCAGAAACUUAUGCUUUUUUUUCGUUCGAACACGUACACGUUACUCGUGAUGCAAGCAGAAGCCGAAGUUACGUAAUGGAGGGUAGUUUGGACUAAAUGUUUUCGUACUACGGUGGACGUUGGUAGUUCCACUCUUCGGCGAUGGUCACGUCGCAGCGAUUUGUCAGGAUAAUUAAGCGGCGCUUAUUCAACCGGCGAAAGAAACGUCGAUUGCGUUCGCUUCCGAGCAAUUCGCCAACUCAUUACCACAGGCCGCUAAGGCUCCGUGGUAAUUGCUCCGAACCAUAGUUUUCCUCGCCGAGCUGUGUGCUCGAUUUUAACAUAGUUUUUGUGGCGGAUUUUAAACUUGGCCCCGACCUAAUGUAACUCCUAUUAAUAUUCCUCCGUGCAUCCCAGCGUUUUUAAAUCGUGGCUUGACCCUGCGCUUCACGUUAUUCCAUUGCUACGACGUUUGUUUUAAAAAUCCACCAAACCACGUUCCUCAUUGGUAUUUAAAUAUUUUUGUUUUACGUUUAUCGAAGUAAAAUGGUUAGCAAAAGUAUUUGCACAUACGAUCGUUUCGACGAAUUUCUUUUCUCAGGUUUCGUACACGCUUCAUUUACAUUUUCGUAUUUCGAUGUCUGUUCUCCUGAAAAUAACAAAAUACGAAAGUCACGCGAUUUUCAGGCAACGAUUUAAGGGCUUGGCCAUUACAGGGUUAACAAUUUUUCAUUUUGUCUCUGCGAAAGAAAAAUAUAAAGUGGCGUGAAAGUAAUAGCAUCUUAAGUUUCGGCGCUUGGGAAAGUUACUUGGAACUGUGCAAGAAUUCCACGGUGGUAACAGUGGCUAUAUAACUCUAUAUUUCGCGUUACCUUUGUGUCAACUUGUACAAUAUUUCGCAAUAAUACGAUACGAAGGAAAUAUAACAAGAAAGUAAGCAUGUAUAACAUAAGAAGCAAGUAUAACCCAGAAAGAAUAUUUUUAUAUGACUGUCAAUGAUUGUGGUUUCGAGGUUUCGAAAAUCCAAGCUGGAUCUGGUCCAAUCGCCUCCCGAAUUUCACAUAUUUUGUCUCAAGAAUCGCAAUAGUCCGAGAUAUGUACACUACAUCGUAACGUAUAAUUUUUGUUAAAUUCUAAAGUGCACAUACGUGCACUUUGACAAUAUUAUCUGAGUUAUCGUUGAAACUUUUUCCAUCCAUACUUAUCUUACUUUAAUCGGUCUAAAAAAUUUAAUAAAACCUGGGUCACCAUGAAUGACCAUGACGACGGUCAAUGUUUCAAUUCGAAAUUAAUAAAGAUUCACCAUCUCGUUGAACGUAAUAUUCCUUUCGAUUCUAAAUAAAUUGAACACUGCUGUACGAAAUGUUUUUCAAUUUAAGCUUCUAUUACCGAACGUCAGAAUACGUAGCCGUGCACGCGUAGCAUUGCCAUUUCCUCUCUCGCCAUGGUAUUUUGGCCGUAUAUCGAAGAACGGUUCCGGCAACAUACGCAGCGUGCGCGUCGCAACUUAAAAAGCAUCAGCAACUUUCGUCGUGGAAGAAACUUGGCCGCCAUCGAAGGGAUUUUCGCUGCUUGCAGAUGCAUGAUGCUUGGUUGAAAGUUAUCCUGCUGCCAUGCCAUUUUGCCAGCUACCGACUGCAAGUGCGAAAUCUUUCGUACAUUUAUGAAAAUCGUUGUGGAAUAGAAGACAAAUCCGAUGGAAGAGAAAUCCUGUUUGAAGAGAACGAGAUAUGAAAACGAUACGGUUCGUAACGAAAUCACAGGUUGGAAAAAUUUCAACAAUAAAAAACGGCCGAGAUCUUAUCGUAGUACUUUACUUUUCAACCUCUGGUUCUUGCACUUUAUCGAAACGAUUUCCACACACGAUAAAUGUUCCUUCUGCUCGCUUUAAAAAUGAAUUACACCCUAAAAGCUUCACGUAUGGCAACUUUAUUGCGCCUGACAUGCGAUGUCGCCGUAAUUUCUCGCCCAAGACUUACUCUUACCAAAAGGAUUAUUAAACUUAAACCUUCUUCGGCAAGCAUAUUUCCACACUUUCCGCCAACAAACUCACUCAUUUUUACUACACAGGCCUAACUUUUUCUACUGUUCUAGGCUUUCGAAAAGACUUAAAAAAUGUUUCGAUACUCGUAUCGAAUUCCCGUCCCUUUCUAAUAAUUUUUGCAAGAUUUUAAAAUAUCUGUUAUUGAAAAAGGAUUUGUAAAAAUCUUCUAAUUUUGCAAGCGCUACGAAUUUUUCCAACAACCCGAUAUUAUCUAAUAUGUAAGUCUCCGUUUCGUUUCUUUCGUUCCAUAGACACGUUGGUUAUUCACAUAGAACGGUACUUGGAAUCAAAGCGGCUAGCGAAAGAAUCGCGAAUUUGUCAAUGGACAAUAGAAUCCGCGAGUUUCCUUGUUCGCGACAUGGAGUUUGGAUAAAAUAAGAAGAAACGAAAAGGCGAUGUCGUGCUAUUCCAGACGAUGCCAUCGAUUUAUUCCCCGGACAAUGAAUAAAACGUUGAAACCUCUUGUAGCGGCGGGUUGCACUAUUCAGAGAGCGCUAUAAUCAGAGAGAAAGGGACAGAGAUACGAAAGGUUGGAUCAGGUGCACCAUUCAUGUUGCACGCAAAUGGACAUCCAGUGCUAUGAUUAUUUAUAUCUGGCGCCGUGUAAUUUGUUCACUGAAAUUCGAUGCUGAACGCUUGCCAAAACAUUUUUCCAUCCUCUUUUUCUCAUUCUUAUUUAUUUAUGUAUUUACUUACCGUUUACAAUAAAAAAAAUCUCAGUAGAAUAUACAGGGUGAGUCUCCCAACACGACGACCUAAAAUAACUCGUAAGUUAUUCGUGGUACGAGAAAAUGUUUGAAAGAAAAAUUGCAUGGUAUCUAGGAGGACAUACAGUGUUCUAAUCUAAAAAAAUAAUAAUAAUAUAUAUGAAAUUAAAUAACAACAGAUACAUUAAUAAUAUGAAAGUCUGAGCUGACGA